GGAAAAACCUUUAGUCAGAAGCAUUAAGUAACUCCCUCGGAGCCCCGCAGGCAGCAGUACUGGGCGUGGAGUGCUGACCUGCUCUAACUUGCUCAUGUGCAGACGAAGAAACUGAGGCCAAAGUAGACAACUAACUAAUUUGCCAGAAUAACAGCUGGAGACUUAAAUGACACCAAGAAAAGUCUACUUAGUUUAGAUUUCCAGGUUUCACGGACCUCAGCACAAUUGAUAUUUGGGCUAGCUGAUUCUCUGUUGCAGCAGGCUGCCCUGCACACACCUGCUAGAAUUGGUUUUGUGAUAAAUCUAUAGAUUAAUAUGGGGAAGAACUGAGAAUUUAACAACAUUGAGUCAUCUGAUCCACAUACAUGAAACCAGAUUCACUAAAGCAAACAUGAAGUUUGCAGUUUGGUUCUGUUUUGUUCUGCUUAUCAUUUUCCAACCUGACUUUGGACAAAAUGAAGACACUCCUAGAAAGCAAAGGAGGAAGAUGUAUUAUCGAAGACUGAGGAAAAGUUCCUCACUCAACCACAGGUCAAACAGACACGCUGGAAUUCCACAAACAACUGUUGCACCAGUAGCAAGAACAUUUCCCACAGUUCACUUUGAUUACAGCACAGAGGAAAAGUUUGAAUCAAUUUCAAGUUUUCCUGGAGUAGAAUCAAGCUAUGAUGUUUUACCAGGAAAAAAGGGACACUGCUUGGUAAAGGGCAUGACUAUGUACAACAAAGCUGUAUGGUCUCCUGAGCCCUGCACCACCUGUCUCUGCUCAGAUGGAAAAGUGCUCUGUGAUGAAACCAUGUGCCACCCCCAGAUGUGCCCCCACACUGUUGUACCUGAAGGGGAAUGCUGCCCCGUCUGCACUGAUACUGUCUCCUAUUCCCUACUCAGUGGUAAAGCGUUAAAUGAUAGAAAUGAAUUUUCUGGUGAUUCUUCAGAACAAACAGAACCUACCAAUAUACUUCAUAAGCCACCUCCUCAGGUGGAAAUGGACCAAGUAUUCAGAAAAGAAGCACUUGAAUCUGAGGAGGAUGAAGAAGUUAAAGAGAAUGGGCACCAGGAAGAGAUUGCUGGACCCCGAGACCAGGGUACGUUUCACAGUGAGGAGGAAAGCAGGAGACGGAGGAAGCCAAGCCCUGGGGAGGGGAGGCCAGCACACCCGUGGCUCUACCAUGGAAGGGGGGAGGAGGAGGAGGAAGAGGAGAAUGAAGAGGAAGGAGAGGAGGAAGAAGAGGAAGAUGCUGUGAGAGGAGAUGUGUUCCGCCUGCCCUCCCGGUUCGCCACUGCUGCUCCCCGUAGAGGCAAGCCUCGCCUGCCCAGCAGCUGCUCCCUGUCCUACAGGACCAUCAGCUGUGUCCACACAGCCCUCAGCCACAUCCCACCACUCACAGCACCAGAGAUAACAAGUCUGGAGCUCCUUGGGAAUUCCAUCACCUCCAUCCCGGAUGAAGCAUUUAAUGGAUUACCGAAUUUGGAAAGGCUUGAUCUAAGCAAAAAUAAUAUAACCUCUUCAGGAAUAGGCCCAAAAGCAUUCAAGCUUUUGAAGAAGUUAACACGUCUGAAUAUGGAUGGAAAUAAUUUGGUACGAAUUCCUUCAGAACUACCAUCUACAUUAGAAGAACUUAAAAUCAAUGAGAACAAUCUUCAGGCUAUUGAUGAAGAAAGUUUAUCAGACUUAAAUCAACUGGUCACCUUAGAAUUGGAAGGAAACAAUCUCAGUGAAAUCAAUGUCAAUCCUUUAGCUUUUAAAUCUUUGAAGAGCCUAUCUUAUCUGCGUCUGGGAAAAAAUAAAUUUAGAAUUAUACCACAGGGUCUUCCUGCUUCUAUUGAGGAAUUAUACUUGGAAAAUAACCAAAUUGAAGAGAUAACUGAAAUUUGUUUUAAUCAAACCAGAAAGAUUAAUGUGAUUGUACUACGUUAUAAUAACAUAGAAGAAAACAGGAUUGCUCCUUUAGCCUGGAUCAAUCAAGAGAACCUAGAAUCCAUCGACCUGUCCUACAACAAGCUCUACCACGUGCCUUCCUACCUGCCCAAGUCUCUGCUGCACCUCGUGCUCAUAGGGAACCAUAUUGAACGGAUACCUGGCUAUGUGUUUGGUCACAUGGAACCAGGCCUGGAAUACUUGUACCUGUCAUUUAACAGACUCACUGAUGAUGGUUUGGACCGAGUCUCAUUCUAUGGGGCAUAUCAUUCUCUGAGAGAGUUAUUUCUGGAUCACAAUGACUUAAAAUCUAUACCACCUGGGGUGCAAGAGAUGAAAGCACUACAUUUUCUGAGACUGAACAACAAUAAGAUUCGGAAUAUUCUUCCGGAACAACUUUGCAACGUUGAAGAGGACAGUGACUCAACUCUGGAACAUCUUCAUCUUGAAAAUAACUAUAUUAAAGUUAGAGAAAUAUCACCCUAUGCAUUUUCAUGCAUAAGAUCAUAUUCAAGUGUUGUUCUCAAACCACAAAACAUUAAGUAAUUCCAAGAUUUCUUGUGACAUUUAUAAAUUUUACUCAUGUAUUUGUUGUAGUAGCAUUUGUCAUUAAUAAGAAAUAUAAUCCUCAUGUUAUACUCAA